AUGUUUGAUUUUACACAAGAACAACCAUUAAAAGAUAUCUAUCACAAUACAGAAAAGCAAGCUGUUGCACCUUUGCUAGAUAUUGGUCAAUGUCAACUUGGCAAAAUUAUUGGAAAUGCCUUCUAUUGCGUGGAACCAGUUGGUAAAUAUUUUCUUCGAUUAUGUACAACGACACCAUGCGAAAAUGAAAUUCACACUUGGUAA